UCUAAAAUUGGUUACAUGUGAACAUUUGAAGUCAGUGCAGGGAAUGACAUCUAAUACCUGGAAAACUGAAAGGUUGGAGAAGAGGAGGAGGAAAGGAGAAAGAAAAGGGAGGGGGAGAGGGAGGAGGAGCAAAGCUGCAAAGAGAAGAAAUCAGUCCAGAGUCUCAAAUGCUUUUAUGCAAGCUUCUGCAUAAAGACCCUCAGCAUCGCAGCCCCGGCAACAAGAAUAUAAGGCUGAAGAUUUCUGGCUAUUGACAUGCACCACUUGUGACCAGACAGCAUGGAGUUCAAAAGAGGGAAAACCUUCAUAAAAUCCAGCAUGCAACUGACCCAUGAGAAAUUACCUUUAGUGGGCUUGAGUCCUAGAGACAAAGACAAUGCAGGAAAGGACAUCAAAGAAAGAAACCUUCCCUAUAUUGAAACUGCAAAAUCAAGUUUCUCUACAGAUAAAAGUGAUAGUAUUUCAAACAGGUCAGCAAAAACUGGCUCAAGCGAGAGCAUCUUGUUGCUCCAAGAAUCCUUCUACAAACCUGUACGGAAAAGUAAAACCCAUGACUGUGCUCUAGGCACUGUAGACAAGUCUGAACAAUGUAGCUAUAAUACCAAAAUCUCUGAAGAGGGUGUUGUAGCACCUGGACGAACUAAAGGACGACUCGUCAACAGUGCUAGCUUCUCCGGGCUUGGGAAUACACAGAAUUCUCACACCAAAAAAGACUCCGUAGUCAGCUCAAGCCAUUUCUUGAACAGUCCACAGCAGAUGAUUGAUUACCGCAACUUUGUACCACAGAUGCCCUUUGUGCCAGCUGUGGCCAAAAGUAUCCCCAGGAAGAGGAUUUCUCUAAAGCGAUCCAAGAAAGGUCUCCGGGACAUUUUUCAUAUUAAGAAAAACAAGCCUGAGAAUCUUGCUUUGUUGUCAGAAAAGCAAAAAAGACUUCCAUUUCCAGGGUGCAGGUCAGAAUUAGCAGGCAGAUUUGGUAAAUAUUUCUUUAAAGCUGGAGAUACCUUUACUGCUGACUGUUUGGCACAAGACUUUUCUGAUGGCGAAUUUCUGUCAGAGUCCUCCUAUGAGUAUUCCAGUGCUCUUUGUGAAGAUGUUGCUUCUCUGAAGAGCUUUGAUUCCCUCACUGGAUGCGGAGAGAUCUUUGCAGAUGAGAGCUCUGCUCACAUGGAACUGGAGAUCAGCAAAGAAAUCUCACUAAGGCAAUCACAACAGAAGGGGAACCCUGCCAUGGGAUCCUUUCAAGGUGGAGUGGAACAGCUUGCAUCUCCAGCCCAAAAUGAAGCAGCUGAUUUUGCAAAACUUUGGGAUAAUAUCAACAAAUCAGUGCAACUGCAUCAGAAAACAUUGUUUGAUAGAAGGCUAUUGAAAAUACCUAAUAGUGAAGUAGGAAUGGCUAGAAAUGAGACCAGCGCCUUAGUGACAGACUUGUUGUCUUCUCCUGACUCUUCCAAAGAGAGCUCCAUAGACACUGGGACCCCAAAGAGUGACAACCAGGAAUCCAUGUCCACUAGUGAUGAAGGAUACUAUGAUUCAUUUUCUCCUGGGCAAGAUGAGGAACUCAAGGAUGAUCAAUCACCUGGAGUACCAGGUCGGUUUCCAAGAGACAGCUAUAGUGGAGAUGCUCUGUAUGAACUAUUCUGUGACCCCAGUGAAGCUCAGAUCAGCCCAGGGCUAGACGAUGACCUCUGUAUGUCUGAAAGCAUUUCAGAAAAGGCCAAUGAAAUACCGUUGUCUAUUUAUAGCUUUCAUGUAGGGUCAGAAGAAAAUAUGGCUUCCCAACCAGCUGUUGAUAUAAUCAGCCAAGGUUUCCUUCACAGCACAUGGAAAGGCAAAGAAUGCCUACUCAAACUGUGUGAUACAGAGCUCUCCCUGACCAUGGGGAUCAUCAACUGGCUACGAAAAAACCCAGGUCUGAUUUCCCCCCAAGAUCUUCCUAAGAAUCCUCAGUCACCGUUAGAGCCAGUUGGUGAACCAAUGUUAACAGACAAGAACAAGUACAGAGCAACUCUAGAGGACAAUAAAACUGAUCCAGAUGGAUCUUCAGAUUUCCUCAAAAAUGGAACACAUUCAUAUUCAAUAGACAGAACUGAACAAAGGCAAAGUGAUAGUCUUACAUGUGACUCACCUCAAGAAAGUUCUCAAGAAAGGGAAGGAACUCUGAGUGCAAUGUCUCCUCUCAUAACAGACAACAGCACGUGGUGUGACAUGCAAAGAUCAGAGGGGAGUUGGGAUGACCUCAUGAAUUCAUCUGAAAUGGAGAAGAUAUCUCUCUUAGGAGAGUGCACAGAACCCAACACUGAAACUCUAUCAUUUGAAGUCCUCAAUCUGGAGACAAUUGGCCAAACUGAUGAGAACUCUUUGGCAAUUGAUAACCAUGAUGCCGAGUCAUGUUCUUCUUACAUGACUGCUGCAACUUCUCCUGAUUCUCUAGAAACUGGAGAUGAAUGUGAGACAAAAGAUCAAGCAUCGGCAGCAGAAGGUGACAAGCCAAUAGAGCCACUGAAUCUCAGUCAUUCUCAAAGCUACAUCAAACAGACACCAAAGGAGGAUGAGAGUAACAUGGUGCAGCUUUUGGAACAUUGUGCCACUCAGGUUGCUUCAUUAAAGAUCAGUUAUGAUGCUGAAAAUAAGCACUUGGAUGAUAAAGACAUUGGAAAUGCACUGAGCAAUAAUACUGAUACAAGGAAUCAAUUAAAAAACCAACUAAGCUUGCAAAAUGAAUGUAGCUGUAUACCUCCUUUUGAUGAUUAUUCAAAUCAAUGUAAUAUUAAGACAACUUUUGGGAGUAGUGCUCCAUAUCUCACGAACAAUAAGGAAGAUCUUAUUUGCAUUGAUGAUCAGAAAAAGAUGACUAUCCUAGACUACAUGGGUCCAGUUGCAAAAAAUAAACUAACUUUUGAAUAUGCCCAAUUGAAUAAUCAAGCCCUAUCUUAUAUCAGAGAUUUUCGAUUUGAACUUGGCAUUCAGAAUUCCACUACCAUGGCAAACAUCUGCAGACCCACAUUUUUACCACUCCUCAGUUCCAUUUGCUCAGACACAGUCCAUGGCUUUCGUCAGUCUUUGUGUAGGAAAAGCGGUUUGCUGGAGAAGCAUCCAGAAGAUCAAGAAGUUUCACCAAGAAACUCACCUUUAGGUGCUUAUUCAAAAUUCCAAUACAAGCUACUGCCACAGGUAACCAUCCCUCCACUUCCAGAGGAUGCUACCGAAGGGACAGUAGUGAUGGAGAAGAAGCAUGACUAACUUGGUUAAGUAAGGUGCAGCUCUAAAGUAAUCCCCCGCACCCAGCAUUCCAAUAAAUAAAUGGCAAUUUCCUUUUUGUAUCAGAACGAGGUAAGAGACUUGUGUCAUCAAGGAUGAAGAAGACUCCAUGAAGACGUUAUGGCAGACAACUAUGUUCCUCCCAGUCUCUAAUCAGAAGAAUGUGGAUUUACGACAUGCCACUUGACUCCUUGAGUGUUAUGUGCAAUGCUGAAUGACAUGUUGAUUUGGUAACACUGUCACAUGAGAAUAGAGUUGUCUCUCUACAUUUGCAGUUUUGACUUUUGUGCAUUUGGUUAUUCACAGAUCUCUAGGAAUUUCUAGGUCCUCCAGUGCAAUCCUAUCAGCUUCCAGCAUUAGUCAACCAUUGAGCUGUGUUAGAGUUUCCAAAAAAAUAAAAUAAAUCUAAAAUAAAACAGCAAAUUGUUUAUUUGCAGUUUUUACUUUCUCAGGAGUCCUGUGGAGGGCUGACUGUAAUAGUUGUCUUUUAGAAUAUAGAUAUAUUUGCCAACAAAAAAGAGACAAAAAGAAGAAAGGGAAAAAUAUUUUGUUUUAGGGAAUCUAUGAAUUUCAGCUCCCAGCCAGCAAAGAUUGUAUGGAUUCUUGUCUCUGUUUACAAUGAGGUUGCUGUUUACAAGUAUACCUCAGUUAGCAAAAUAGUUGUGUUCCAAUUUGUUAACAAAUGCAGGAAUAACAUUGAAAGAAUAGGGUUAGGUUCCAGCACAGAACAGAAGACUAGUUUGACAUGUUUCAACAAACGUUUUAUCCUAAGCUGACAAUAAAAUGAAACACCUUGGUCAAACAAGCCUUCUAUAAGUAAAACAUUUUGAGCCUUCUAGAUACCCCUUGAAAGCUUCUUCCAAAGGACAUCUUGGGAUGGUCCCCCCCCCCCCAGCCUCUGCUUUUUUAUAUAGUUUUCAUUAUGGUGACCAAACAUAUAGAACUAAGCUUUUUAAAUAUGCUGGAUGUCACUGGUAAGGCAAGCUUUUCUGUUUUCUAUCCCCCCCCCCCCCCCCGGUUUUGCUUUUUGCACAUGCCCAGUAAGGGAUUCUGGAGGCAGCUGCUGUUUGCCUUGCCUAUUGUAGGCAGGAAAACAUUGCUACAGCAGGAACCUUUCCAACUCAAGCUUUAUUUCGCUGUCUGAUGCAGACAUGCUACCGGAACCCAAUACCAACUAUUGUGUUUCUUUAGCUGUCCUUCACCAUCCUCCCAGUCCUCAAACCUUCCAGCAAGAUAAAGGACAAGGAGGAAAAGAUGCUGGGAA